CGCGACUUAGUUUCCGAGCGGGUCCAGUUCGAGGCCCCAAAUCCUCUUCAGCGUCCUCUCCCCUGUAUUGCUCACCCAGCGCUUGGCACAGCAUGGGAGCCCAAUAAACAUUUUAGGAUUUAUGUUUAUGAAUGAACAUGUGAGUGCGUGAAAUACUUAAGCCUAGCUUCGGAAUCCUCGGGUGCUUCCGGUCAUCUUCGUAAGCCCUCGGCUAUUCCCGACAAACGCACGUAGGCCCACUCGUGCACCUUCGGACCUCUCCGGAAACGCUCUUCGGAGGAGGUGGCCGCCUUUUCUUAGGGCCCAUGUCCGGUUCGGGUCUGUUCGGAAACAAUCGGUCUCCAUCCGGCUACAUUCAGAACUCUUCGGCUUAUCCCGGCAGACCUCCGCAGUUCCGGUCUCCAGCCGGCCCCGAUCCAGGCCCGGAGCUGUUCAGGGCUUAGGUAAACGGAAACUUCUCGUAGCCUGCCACCCAGGAGAGCGUGGAUUUCCUCUAAGUGCGAGUUGUUUGGAAGAAAAGAGAUUUGCCUGGGAAGCUCUUGGUUCUUUUAAGGUUAUCUUUAAGGGGCAGGAGCCUUGCCUGAUAAAUCUGUCCUCGUCUCAUCAGCACAGCGCCUAGCGAAACCCCUACCGAACAAAAGGAAUGACAAUGUCUUACGUUUUCCUCCAUCAGAACACCCUGAAUCUGACGGCGAUGUCAGAGUCCUGUGAACACUCCACAUUUGUGCCCUCGGUUCAUUCGCUAGAGGCACCCAGGAAGCCCCAGGGGACGGGUAAUGAGAGAAACCUCAACUCCACAGAGCCCGUGUUUCCUCCCUUAGAGUACCUAACCUGACUGCUCUAGAGCUACUUCUCUGCGUCCCACAGCUACUUGAGGUCCAGGGCCUUGUCUCACCCUUGUUUUUGACCCCUACUGUCCCCACUGAGGGUUCACAGGGGGGCCCCUGGAGGCGGGCUAAACAGAACAAGGCCUGGCUUCCACAGGGCCCUGCCCUGUCUCCAUUAAAGAGCACUUGAAUGGUGACCAGGCGUUGCUUUCGCUCCUUGGGGUGCAGGGGCGCUGGGCCACCCUGUCCUUGAGGGCCAAGCUCUGCACAGACACCCCGGCCAAGGCGCCCGGAACCGGGCCCCUCAGCAGCCGCCCGGCUCAGGUGACCUGGCGGGCGCCGGGCACACCUGGCGCCGUCCCCUGACCCCGCCCCUGCCCGGGCGGCACCCGGAACGCUCUCUGCCCGAGCCAACGCGGCGGAGCAGGGCCAUGGCGGCGGCGCCAGCGGCGUGCGCCUCGCAGGGGCCCCCGCCGGGGGCACAGUCCCCGCCGACAGGCGCGCCCGCGCCGGCGUCCGGCCUGGGCCGCUGCCGGAUGGCGCUGCUCCUGGCCGUGGCACUGGACGUUGCGGGCAUGGCGGCACUGCUGACCGGCGUGUUCGCGCAGCUGCAGGUGCGCGGCCGCGACUUCGGCGACCUGCUCAUCUACUCCGGCGCGCUGCUCGUCUUCCUGAGCCUGCUGGGCUGGAUCCUCUGGUACACUGGCAACAUCGAGAUCUCGCGCCAGGAGCUCGAGCGCGACUACGGCCUGCGGCCCUCGGCGCUCGCGCGGCUAGCUCGCAAGCUCUCUCGCCGCUGGUCGGCGCCAGCCUCCACCGCCGCCGGCCCGCGCGCGGCGCCCGGCUCUAGGGGAGCGCGCCGCGCCGCCCGCGCGCCCCUGCCAGCCGCCUCCGGCUCCCGCCGCGUGCGCUUGCAGCUUGCCACGCUCGAGGCCGCGCCCGGGGCGGCAGGCACAGGCACCGAGUGAGCCCGAGAUGAACCCAGGAUCCCACCUGUCAGGACCCAACUGAGAUGUGCAGCUGCCCUCGACAUCAUCUGGCCGCCAGGAUGCCUCCCUGUGCUCCCUCUAUGUCACCUGGAUAAAUGGCUCUGCCUCCCA